GAUGUCGGAGUGUGAGUGUGGACCUUUAUCUACUCUCCGCCUCUUUCAGUCUGGAUUCAUCUGACUCUUUGGGUCUUUGCUGUUUGCUCAGCAGUCUGCUCGCUGCCCCACAUUUUAUUUGGUAAUUCUCUCUCCACCACUCGCUCGCUGCGUCGCUGCGUAAAAGCCGCGCUGCGCUUGGAAAUGUAGUUGAUUUUUGCGCACAGCGAGUUCUCCGAAAAUGGACUUAAAAUCCGAACUGCUCAAGUCCAUCUGGUACGCUUUCACAUCUCUGGACGUCGAGAAAUGCGGGAAAGUUUCCAAAUCACAAUUAAAGGUGCUGUCCCACAACCUGUACACGGUUCUGAACAUCCCUCAUGACCCCGUGGCUCUGGAGGAACACUUCCAGGACGAUGACGACGGCCCGGUGUCCAACCACGGAUACAUGCCCUACCUCAACAAAUACAUCCUGGACAAGGUGAAGGAGGGGAUGUUUGACAAGGAGAAGUUUGACGACCUGUGCUGGAUGAUGACCAGGAAGAAGAACUUCAAGGGUCUGCCAGAGGGGGCGCUGCUCUCAGAACGAGACUGUUUCAAACUCUUCUGUUUAUUCAACCUGCUGUCUGAGGACCGCUACCCGCUGCUGAUGAUCCCCGAGGAGGUGGAGUACCUCCUGAAGAAGAUCUCCACCACCAUGAGCCAGGAGUGGGACGGGAAGCCCCUGGAGGACCUGAUAUCCCAGGAUGCAUCAGGGCGGGAGGAGGACAUGUCGGUGUGGAUCUUCCUGGAGCACAUGGUGGCCGGCCGGCUGCUGAGGGUCUCCAGCGCUGAGGCCUUCAGUCUGGCUCUGGACGAGGUCUUUCUGGAGAUGUACCACAACGUCCUCAAACGGGGCUACAUGUGGAAGAAAGGGCAUGUCCGCAGGAACUGGACGGAGCGCUGGUUCGUGCUGAAGCCCUCCUCCAUGGCUUACUACGUCAGCGAGGACUUAAAAGACAAGAGAGGAGAGAUCCAGCUGGAUAAGAGCUGUGUCAUAGAGCCUAUAGCAGACCGGGAGGGGAAACGCUGUCUGUUCUGUGUCAAAACUCACAAUAAAACCUUUGAGAUGAGCGCGUCUGACCAGAGGCAGAAGGUGGAGUGGACUCAAGCUCUUCAGACAGCGCUGCGUCUCCAGAGCGAGGCCAAGUCCUCGCUCCACUACGAGCUGAAACACAAGAGGCGGGCCCAGCGGGAACACGGCCACCGCGAGCGCAGCCGCAGCGCCCGCAGCAGCUGCAGCAGCCGCAGCAGCCAAUCAGACGACUCCAACUUCCAGGAGCUGGAGAAGAUGGAGAAGGAGAAAGACAGACAGGAUCUAGAAAUAGAAAGCAUCAUCCAGCACGCACGAGAAUUAGAAACCAGACGAAGGGAGGCGGAGGAGAAAGAACGGAGGAAACAGAAGGAGGUGCAGAUGGAGCUGGAGAGACAGCUGAAGGAGGCUGAGACGCUGCGGGACAGCAUGCAGGCUGAGAUGCAGGAGAAGGAGAAGGAGGCUGAGCAGCAGAAGAAGAGGAUCCAGGAGCUGGAGCUGACUCAGAGGAAGCUGGAGUCAGCUCUGAACCUGGAGAUCCAGGCCCGGCUGGAGGAGGAGCGGGCCCGGCAGGAGCUGCAGAGGGUCCUGCAAGCAGAAGAAGCGAAGAAGAGGCAGUUCCAGUUCCUCCAGGAGCAGCAGAGGAGCCUGCAGUGCCUCAGCCCCAUCCAGGAGGCGUCAGACGGGGGUCCGGACCAGGAGACGCCCUCCGCCCUGCACUCCGCCUCGCAGGAGCUCCAGGACCUGCAGGCGUCACGCCAGAGGAGCCACCAGCGCCUGGAGGAGGUCCAAGAGAAGCUGAGAUACGCCAGUCAGCACGUACGACACUGGAACGUCCAGCUGAACCGCCUGAUGAAGCCCAUCGGGCCCGGAGAACGUUCAGAUAAUCGCCUAUCAUCAACAAAGAUGUGUCCCAAAAAAGAAGGAGCACUGGCCAGUAACGAGUUCAUCUCUAAAUACAAGUCCAGAGCCGAUCAGAACAGUCUGGAGGAGCAGCUGGAGGAGCAGCUGGAGGAGCAGCUGGAGGCCGUGAACCUGUCAGACCAAUCUCAGGGAAAACCCAACGGACAAAUGUGAUCCAAAGAGUUGACUCUUUCAAAUCUACAAAUUCAGAAAUGAUCAAAUAAGCUCUUCAUUUGUUACAGACCCAGAGUGGAAAGUGGAAGGAGACAAAAAGAUUCUGUGCAAAAAGUGUUGUAUUAUAUUUAUAUUUUUAAAAUGCGCACUAAGAUGGAGAGCGAUGACGACACACGAUGUGAUGCAGGAUUUAAUGAAAACACGUUUGACUGAGAUCAGCUGAGAUUUACUGUUUUGUACAAUAAAAUUUAUUGGUGAAUAAUA